AGCCAUUGUUACAAGCACAAAGAGCUGUGGCAUACAAUACACGCAGCUAUGAAACCAUGAGUGCUGUAUGUGUUGAGUCUUUAAAUGGAAGUGGCACAUCUGCUUUUGGCAUAGGAGUGUAAAUCAAUCCAAGAUGUUUAUUAAAGAGUCAGUAAAGACCUGUCCACACGCUCUUUCUUCCAUCCAGCCUUGGGUUUGUUCUUGCUUUGUUAUUUUCCUGGCAGUCAAGCAUGGGCUCUGCACACUGAAAGUAUGUGGUGUUUCUUCACGUACGGAUAACAUAACAUGUCACGUAAUAUUGAACAAGUAUGUGAUGCAGAAUGGUUUGGACAAAAAUGUGAGCCAAAAUGAGGUGGGGAGGAAAGGGUAAGUACAAACAGCUACAGAAAAUGACUGAAAGGUUUGUUACUCUGCAAAAGUCAACCAUGUUUCCUGGUACCUUUUGAAUUAACGAGCCCUAGAUUUGAUUCCAUGUUCUAGCUCUUGGCAAUUAAUGACCAAAAUUUGCAAUAGUGAAGGAUGGUAUUUUCUUAAGGAAGUCAAUAACUGACUUUGCAUUUGCUGAAAGUAUUCAUACCACUGGGCCUACCAGAGCAGGCCUGGUAGGAUCAGCUCUUGCAUGGGUUGACCAGCAGGAAAGUCAACAUAAUAUUGGCACUGGCCAAUACUGACACUGCAAACUGGCCCUUUUUGUGAUUUUACAAUUGCUGGUGUAUUGGGCACAUCCUGUAACAUGUUCCUUUCCCAUGGAUUGAGGAGCUCUAGGGCUUGCUGUAGAACAGCAGUCCAAAGACAAUAAUACCUUUUGUGGGCAGCCUCUUUGUGGGCUACCUGCAUGAAGCAGCACUUAAAAGACUGGACCUCAGGAUGAAGGCAAUGGCUCUGUGUCUGACAGGAAAGCCUGGGCCAUGCAAUGCUCCUUCCUCUUCCAUCAAAGGAUGCACAGGAAAGCAUCCUAGGAAAGGGAAUCCUCAACAGCUAGUCAGGAGGAGUAACCUGUGUCCUAACGAAGGGCCUACUUUGUAGCACAUCUCUGAGUAACCGAGAACUUUACUGAGAAGUAAAAUGAAAAAUACAAUGGAUGUUGUAUUCUUGACUUCCAUGUGGGGAGAUCAUAACAGUGAUGCUGUCCUUCAAAUGCAUUGAAGGAAACACGACAUGUCCUGUCAGAUACUAAAGGGAGGCUCAUCCAUUGAAAAGGCAGUAUCUCUUUUGUAUGAUGGCAGUGGAAUGUCACUGUUUUAAGAGACAAGAUUGAAAAACAGACUGUUUGAUGGGAAAUGGUUUUGGAAGGUUUGUUGUGCAAAAGAGGGAAUAGAGGCUGCUGGAAGUGUGCCACCCAGUGUUUUAAACUUGCACAUUUAAUUGACUAGACUGAACAAAUAGCUUCUGUAAUUGUUCAUUUCUUCCUUGUUAAAAUGGUCAGGAUAUAUUAAAAAGCUGUAUUCCUUAUGCAUAUGCUUCAGUGAUAUUACCUAUCAGCUCUGUCCCAAAAGUGUCUAAGAUUGCUGUAAAUUUGUUAAUUGGGUGUCUUUUCAUCUGUAGCUGAAAUUCAGCUGCAUGAGUGACCCAGGUGGAUUUGCUCAGCAAUACAGAACAUACCAGGACAGAAUCUAUACAGCAAUUUCUACUCCAGGCUAGAAUUAUCUUGAUCAGACUUGUUAUAGCAUCUUGUUAAAAUAUUCUAGCCAGGGAAAAAAUAUUAAUUAAAUUAAAUCAAACUCCUCACUUAGCCCAGAAAAGUUAAAAAAGGGGAAGAAUAAAAAAGUAAUGCUUUCUCCCAUUUAUUCCACCCACUCUUAAGUUUCUUCUUUUAAUUUAAUUUUAUUUUAUUCCAUAUGCCUGAAAAUGGGACUUUGUGGAACUGAACCUUUUGCAAGUCACUGUGCCAGCUUUUUGGAGAACAUCUUGGACAGGUCUCUUCAUUUCCAUUUAAUUUUGUCUUUCUAUGGCUGAAACAUUGUAAUUUAAAUGAGUGCUUUCGAGUUCAGAUUUUUUUAAUGCAAAUGUGUGCUGCUUUCCUAUUGAAUUGAAACCAUCAAUACUUCUUUUUCCCUAUGAAAAGCAGAAUAAAAAGUAAUAUUCUCAGGGCUGAUGGCGAAUUGGGAUGUUACUUUCUUGUGAAUUUAAGCUUAAAAAGGGAGAUACAUACAAUGGUGAAGUAUCAAAAUAUUGGCUUAAUCUUCCUUCUGCCCAAGAUAUGAUUAAAGCAGUUCUGUAUAUUUUAAAGAACAGCUGAUGUAGGGAAGGUGCCAAGACACAGCAGACCAGUCACACUCCCUCAAGGCAUUCUGUAUAAGCUGCUUAGGGGAGUGCACACAGAAGUGAGACACUGUGUGCCUUCAGCAAUCUUAUGGUGCUCUAUACCACCCUUGCUUUUGAAGGUUGUGGCGCAUUUUAAUUUGAAAGUAGGUGUAGUCUCACUUUUAAUUUUUUUGGAAGCUGUCUACCACAAACCAUUGUCUGAACUUAUAGAACAUCUUAGAGGGAAGUAAGUAAUAGCAAAGAAGGUAAAAAAUAAUAGAUCCUUGGUUUUCUUUAGAGUAUACUGCAUGCCUGUCUUCAGGCUAUUCUUUUAGCUACAAUGUCUAUAAAUGUAGGGCUUUUUUAAAAUCUCUGAGUGUGGAAGUUCUCCAGUAAGCACGCCUCCUGGAGCAGGAGCUUUCUGCUUGUCAAAUAUUGCAAGAUAUGAAAACCAGCACAUCUCAUGCCCCCAGCAUCAAGAGGGUUGGCAGCACCUGAGUUGCAUCCAUCCCUGAUCUCUGCCAGACCAAGAGGCAUGUGAUGCUGAAGCACGUGGAUUGUCUCACCCCUUCUCCCAUUGGACAAGCACUCAUGUCACAGCAAAAAAUGCCUCAGUCCAUGCCCAGUAGCACCCAUGCCAGCAGUAUUAGCAAACAGACCUCAGAGACUGAGCUCCCCUUUUAAUCACAGAAGUUGCUAUUUUCUCUCAGUGUCAGUGGUUGUUGUUCCAGCCCAGGCUUUAUACAUAUUAUUACUGGACUAAGGAAAACUUGAAGUGCUGCUUGCCCUGCAAUACCAAAUUUAUGGAUGAGGAGACAACUUCAGCCUGCCAGAGAGGAAAGCAUGAAAUGGCAUCAGUGAAAUGUGAAGGGAGCAAAAAAAUCCUCUUGGCAGAUAGUGAAAACCAGGGCUUUUGUGCAACCCGAAGACUGAAAUCUGAGGAAGAUCCAAGUGAUAUUUAACAUGACCAUCUGUAUCAUUUUGUCACCAACAGUAUGUUCUUGAGGAAGAAGUGCAGAUAUGGAUCACGUAAGCUGCAGUUUCUCCUGUUGUUUCUGAUGCUGGGUUUUUUGCUACUGAUGGUUACAACGCUGAAUCCACCACCCAGCAACCAGAGCAAGGAAGGGACUUUCCAGCCUGUGGAGUUCAACGCCCGGGAAGGGUAUCAGAUGGACUUUGUGGAGACCCAAGAGAUGCUGGAAACCCAGGAGGAGAGCCAGCAGUAUUACCCUCUGGAUGGUCUGUCGCCUUUCAUCUCCCUGCGGGAGGAUGAGUUGAUCAUGGCCGUCGUGUCGCCCACCGGCAAAAGGAACCACAGCAAGGCCAGGAAGGGCUAUCGCGUGGUGAAGCAGCAGGGCAGGCGGCCGGAGGGGAAGGCAGAGGGGGGCCCCGAGUCCCAGCCGCUGUCCCUUCCCCUGCAAGAUGGGCAAGGGGCUGCUGCGGGGGAGCGGCCGCUCGGCCUGGAAACCCACGGCUUUAACGAGGCGCUCAGCGAGCGGAUCGCGCUGCGCCGAGACCUGCCUGAGGUACGACACCCGUUGUGCCUACAGCAAAAAUAUGACUCCAGUCUGCCCACUGCUAGUGUCAUCAUCUGUUUCCACGAUGAAGCCUGGUCUACUCUGCUGAGAACUGUGCACAGCAUUAUGGAUACAGCCCCAAAGGCCUUCCUCAAGGAUAUCAUCCUAGUUGACGAUCUCAGCCAGCAAGGGCCCCUGAAGUCCGCUCUGAGCGAAUACAUCUCUAAACUGGAUGGUGUGAAGCUCAUCCGGAGCAACAAGAGGCUUGGAGUCAUCAGAGGUCGGAUGCUAGGAGCAGCACGGGCUACCGGGGAUGUGCUCAUCUUCAUGGAUUCACACUGCGAGUGUCAGAAGGGCUGGCUGGAACCCCUCCUGGCCAGGCUCUCCAGCAACCGAAACAGUGUCGUCUCCCCUGUCAUAGAUGUCAUAGACUGGAAGACCUUUCAGUACUAUCACUCUGUGGGCCUGCAUCGAGGUGUUUUUAAUUGGAAAUUAGAUUUUCAUUGGGAACCAGUGCCAGAGCAUGAAGAGAAGGUACGACAGUCUCCCAUCAGCCCUAUCAGGAGUCCUGCAGUUGCUGGUGCAGUGGUGGCCAUGGAUCGACAUUACUUCCAAAAUACUGGAGCUUAUGAUUCUGACAUGACCAUGUGGGGAGCAGAAAACCUUGAACUAUCUAUUAGGACUUGGCUCUGUGGUGGCUCCGUAGAAAUUAUCCCAUGCUCCCGAGUUGGGCAUGUCUAUCGAAAUCACUUCCCCCGUGCUUUCUCCUAUGAAGAGGCCAUUGUGAGGAACAAAAUCCGAAUAGCAGAGACCUGGCUGGGCUCGUUUAAAGAGAACUUCUACAAGCAUGACACAGUAGCUUUCUUAAUCAGCAAGGCAGAGAAGCCAGACUGCAGUGAGCGCCUUCAGCUACAGAAGAGACUGGGCUGUAGAGAUUUCCAGUGGUUUGUAUCAAAUGUGUACCCUGAACUCUCCCAACCUGGAGACACACCAAGGUUCUCUGGCAAGCUUUACAAUACUGGUGUUGGCUUCUGUGCAGAUUACAGGCCUGGAAGAGCUACUGCUGAAGGCUCUAUUGAACUCUCCCCUUGCAGUGACAGUGUCACCCAGCACUUUGAAUAUAACAGCAUGAAGGAAAUCUGGCUUGGUUCUGCUCCACUGCUUUGCUUUGACGUCAGACACGGGAAAGUUAUCCCUCAAAACUGUACAAAGGAGACAGACAACAGCAACCAGCACUGGGAUGUCCAGGAGAAUGGAAUGAUUGUCCAUGUCCUUUCUGGCAAAUGCAUAGAGGCAGCAAAGAGUGAAGAAGAGAAGGACUUGUUUCUGGGUGCAUGUAACAAGAAUGCAAAUCAGGUGUGGCAAUUUGAACGUUCCCAUGGGCUACGUCAGAGGUGACUGACAAGUCUCUGCAGAGGUCAAGUCUCCAAAGUUUAACAUUACUUCUGCUUGGGAUUUAAGAUCCAUUGCCUGCAAGGACAAGAAAGAUGUUUGUGUUUGCUGUAGCAUGCAGUGAAGUCAGGAAUGUCUCUUACUUAAAAGCCUGGCUCCUGGUUAAUCCAGCUCUAGCUAAAAUUUCUAUUUAUUCUGUGAAGCAUGGAAUACAUUGUGAGAAUCAACAAAUUCUCAACUCUGCUAUUGCAGAAGAAAAUUAAGUUUGCCCUUUGAAGGAAACAUCGAAAAUUGGCUGCCAGACAGCUUGUCUUCAGUAUAUGCUGUGAGUUCUGAAGAUACAGGGAAAAAAGUGAGAUUUUUGAAACUGUAAGAGGAAGCCAGCCAAACCAGGACAGGAGUUCAGCCUUGUUUUACAGUGCCCUUGACUCAUAUAAAACAAAGUAGGUUUUGUAUGUAUAAAAGUAAUAGAUGUUUCCACAUGUAAUGGCAAAAAUUUUGUUUUUCAAUUAGCCUGAGCCAAAUUUCUACUCUCUGUGAGAUUACACAGAACAUUAAUUAACACUUAAUUAGGCACUAAAUGCUCUAAUUGACUUGGACUACUCACAGUCCUCAGUGUUUGGCACACCCUUCCUUAAAUCCUUGUCCACAGUCUAAUUUGGAUGGGAGAAUGAGACUGAAAUAUUAACAACUUUUUUUUUGUUGUUGUUUUAAUUAUGUUUAAGGACAGCUCCUCCGGAAACUAUUGUAGUAGUAAGGAGGGUAACAACUUCUCUGCUUAUUUGGGAAUAGAAAGAAUCGGCGGCAUCCAUUUGUUCUUGUAAAGCCAUGGGAUGAGCUUACUAUUAUUAUUAUUAUUAUCACAGUAACAGAAGUGCUGGCUGAAAACAGCAAGUGAAGGGAAACAGCCAGUUUCAACAGUGACUACCUAGAAAGAAAAUGCUGGUUUUCUUCCAUUCGCUUGCAGCUUGAGUUAAGUCUUUCAAGCUGUCAGUUUUAGCCAAGAAGUUUCUGUAGAUUCUUGCUGUCCUGGGUCUCAAAAAUGAUUCUGAAAAGACCAAAUUUUCUAAAGAAGCUUCUUCUGUAGAGCCUGCAUUGCUGCUGACUUGCUGUCUUUCAAAGGAGUCAAUGAGAGAUGAGGUUAAGUAACAAGAAUGCUCUCACGCAGUAUGAACUUAGCCAAACAAACUUCCACUUCAGUAUCUCAUUAGGGUACUUUGCUUUUUGAAGAUAAAGUCAAUAAUGCUGACACCUUCCAAGAGCCUGCUAAGACAGAAGAACAAAGAUUUGGAAGUCUUCCCACACCAACACCACAUCUGAUUUAUAGAAUAAAUCAGUCAUAGUUGUAUGUAUGCAUUAAAGGGGGGGGGCAUCAUUAAUGAAACUCACUUAGGUUUUGACUUCUUUUCAAGAGACAUAAAUUUGUGGGGUUUUUUUAAAUAUACAGCAUAUUGUUCAAACUUCAGAGAAAGGAAAGAGUAACAGAUUAUUCUGCUCAAAGCCUUCCAGUCACCUGCUCUCAGUAAAUCAUAAUAAAUUGGUACCAAACAUAUAAAAUUGGUUACAACAGAGGACAUGAAGAGUAUUCUCUGUUGUGUUGUCCAAAACAUCUUCCAGUCUCUAACCCUCUGUCUACUUUGAGUGCUACAGAUUCCACACUGUGUUCAGGCAUCACUUCAAUCAUCUUGAUUACCACUUAUGCUUUCUUUGAUAGCAUCAGAAUCUAUUACUAUUUCUGCUGUGUUUAAAAUUUCCUUUGACAUUCUGGAAUAUGCUUAAUUUUCAGCUAAGAUGUUGUUAGCAACCUCUUCCAGAACACCAAGUGAUCCCUGACCACUGCCCAAAUCUAGGGUGAGAAAAGAGAACUUUUUGAAUUGCACAAAAUCUGAGUAAAAAGCUGUUUUAAUGACAUGUGGUUCCUUUAUUUUAAAUUAUGAGUAUGCCAGAAUUUUAAAUUAUGUAUAAUUUAUUAUAUUUUGGACACUACACUGGGAAUAUAAUUCCUUCAGAAUUUAGGUAAAUGUUAAAAAAAUGUGUAUACAAUUACAGUAAUUGACCACAGGUGAUAUUUAUCACAAAGAAGAAUGAAAAGAGUUUUGGUUUAGAGAGGAAAUGUUUGGAAUUUCAGAGACAUGGACAUCUUCAUUUAUACUGCUUUUUAAUAUAGUGAUAAAACCUUGAAAAUAAGGUUUUCUGUAGAUAUAUGUACAAUAGAAAAAUAUGUUACCUAAUAACUCUUCGAAAAAUAAAAUGAAAAUCUAUGCCACAGUACCAUUCAGAAAAUAAUUGUUAAUGCACUUGUUUCACUUAGUAAUGGAGUAAAUGUGUGUUUGGUUUCCAAGGGAACUAAAUUCCAGAGCAUGGGCCAGAAGGGAGCUACAAGGUGGUCUAGGAGGUCUCCGUAGCGAGGCAGCCAGGGGACACGGAUUGUGGAGCUUGCUUCCCUCUAAUAUAAACACAACUUACUACACACAAAUUAAAAAACCAAAGGGAAACCAUCUAUCCCUGGUUUUCCUAUUUUCCUUCCCAUGUGGCUUUUAAAUGGAUUGGUGGUUGUACCAAUACUGUUUCCUCAUUGUGGUCAUUUAGGCUUUGCCCCUGUGGUUACAUCCAUCAGCUAAACUCUUCUCCUCAUGGAACUGGGUGCAAAAAAAGAGUGCUGGCUAAGUAUGCUGGUAUGUUUUCCUCAUUUUUACCCAUCUUUCAUGCAAUACUAGCACACAAUGAUACUUUGAGCACCACAAAACAUGGAAUUAUUUUCAAUUCUUAAUUUAGACAAGGUCAACAUUUCAGAUUCCACUAAUUCCCAUGACAGGAGAGAAACAUAAGGACAAAAUGUUUCAUGUAAAAAUGAAGCAGUUUAAACUUUGAAGGCCUUCAACGCAGAGCUUCAGGCAAGAGCAAAGGAAUUCCAGCAUAACACAAAUAAAUAUAGUGUAACUGCACCUGUUUCUUUGAAUUUCGCAACCCAAGCACAGUGAGUGCUUUGAGCCAAACCCACCCAUGAAGCUGAGGUAAAAUGUCAGAUUCAAGAACAGGUCACCUUUUGGUUGACAGCAGUUACUAAAAAGCCUAGUUUAUUCCUCUCCAAGCUCAUGGUAAAUGGAAGAAAAUAAAGAUUUGAAAUAUUAUUCCAAGUACUUUUAAACCGAGCCCCAGUUGAUGCCGUUGGUGUUGGUCAUAGGCUGGGGUUUGUCCUGAUAUGUGAGGUGCCAUCACUAGCACAGAGAAACAAUGGCAGCAUUUCUCUCCAUGUGUUAAUUUGAAGUCUAAACGGGGAAGGAAGUUUUAUCAACCUUGAUGCUAAAUCCUGUAGCACAGAAAUGUUGAGGGUAUCUCUCAGUCCAUGUGUAAGUGCUUCCAGGUCCUGCCUUGAAGAUGUUCAGUUAGCUGUAAUACUGUCUGCUGAUUAAAAUGCAAGAGCUUCAAUUUCUGAUAUCCCCAGGAAAGAAUGGAGCUAUGUUCAGGCAUCCUAGACAAGAACAGUAACAACCUAGGUUUCCAUAACAGCUAGAAGGUGACAUGUGACUGAUAGCUUUUAGAUUCUGACUUUGUAUCUCAUUUUAUCUCAAGCAGUUUGAUUCAAACUGCAAACAUAUUGGAAGAGAGUACAAAAAGGAGUGUUUUACAAAUAGGUAACAUGUUUUUAAGCUCAUGUUUUUAAGCUAUGCAAACUGCACGUGUCUGCCCUGAAUAAAGUGUAUUGGUGCACAGAGAAA